AUGAGUACUUCCAGCAACGCAGCCGCAGCCCCUCAGCUGCCCAACCCGCCCGCGUCCGUCGCAACCACAUCGAGCGAGACCAAGUCAACCGACGAUGGCAGUAUCCUGAGCAAGGGAAAAAAGCUCCUCGGUUUGGGCAAGAAGAAGGAUACCGUGGCCGGUAAACAGCCGACAGCGACUACAUCAACAACAGCGACGCCGACAUUGCUGCCCUCACCCCCAAUGUCACCGCCCGAACCACGAGCAUCGCCGCGAGGAAGCCCGCGCAUGCUGCCAAUUGGCGCAUCUCCCAGUCGCCGCAUCCGCUCUACCUCUCCCGGUCUUCACAGCCCAGCAUCGUCGCUCAUUUUCGAGCGCAACGUACAAGAGCCUGAACCCUCAGCCGACGUGCCCGCACACAUCAAGACGGAAGACCACAUACCACCCGCGCUGGAUGCGACUUCCCUGGCCAUUACAGACAACCACCUCAACCCUGAUGAGGUCGAGAUCAUAACACACACAGCGCAUCAGCCAGCCGCUGUGGCAGUCGCGGGCAGCAUAACCGACUCGCUGCAUUCGCCUCACCUCCCUCACACAGAGUCUGUAGCUUCUAGCCAUGCUGAGGUGACAGAGUCAGCACCUGGCUACGGCUCACUGGACACGGCGGAUCCACGUCGCUUGAGCUUCAUUUCUUUCGCAGACGUGGUGCAAGCUGAACACGUCGAGCAUGACAGGCAGGAAGUGUUGGGUGUCACGUCGAACGAGGCUCUGCAGUUUAUGAGUCUGUCGUCGACAGCGAACCGAUCGGCCUCGCCAGUAAGGUCUGCGGCAUCUUCGCCCCCAACCACAAGUGGAGCUGCUUCCCCAAAGCACGCGGAUCUGGCGCGCACGCGAUCCCCUGCGAGUCCUACCUCCCCUAUAGUCCUUGGUAGCCCAAACCCAGCAUCUGGUGAAGAGCUACCAGUCCAGAUUGAAACAAUGCGACAAGCACUGCGCAAGACACACUCGGGCGAUCUUAGCGGCGCACGCUCACAGCCAUUGAGCGCUGCGAGUCUGGAGGAGAGUGCAGCUGACAAGUCGCCAUUCAAGUGA